UGGGUGGCAGCGAUGGCCCAGGUCCCCCGGCUUUCGGCCCUGUGUGCAGCCGGCGCGCGCGUGUCUCCGCGUGUCUGCGCGUGUGUGUCCGUGCAUGUGAGUGCAAUGAGGUGGAGUCCGACGCCUGGGUGUUUCCUUCCAAGUGAUUUUGAUCAGCAAUCCGUUAGGGGAUCAUGGAAAAAAAAUACUCUGGCUAAAAGGAGGAAAACUGAGUAAGUACACAGAACUUUGUACUGGAAACAGAAUGCGACCAAAUGCAAGCAAAACCCUGACAGUAACCACAUGCACUCAAACUGCCGUCCCCUUCUUACGUUAAAUGCUGACGGCAAAGUGGCAAUUUAAAACGGAGCGAAAGGAAGCCGUUCAGAAACAUGAAAGGCUGUGAGCAGGGCGGCUUUAUGAAAAACUGCUAGGGCAACCUGGCCUGCGCCCAGCUGUGCAACAGGCACUUCGCGGUUACUCUGCUGCGUCCUCGGGGCAGUUUUCAGACUCCAGACCGCUUUUCCUGUGCUUUCUCUCGGCCCCAAAGCCGAGACAAGCUGAACUCUUGAGUUUAUGAAUGUUGUGGAAAUAAGACAUUACCGGAAGGAACUCUUGGCAGCCGGGAAUGCGUUCGGAUGGUUUCUUACGACUAUCGUUAUUUUGACAUCUUAAGAAAAAAAUAAAUAAGCGGGUCAGUCACAUUUUAGUGUCCACGGAAGGGCUCUUGUUAACCACCUCGGACCGCUGGCCCCUGUGGCAUGAAUCUUUGGCAUGAACCUCCGGAAAGUUCUCAAGGGGAGAUGGGGCGAACUUGAUUGGAGUUGUGCAAAAGGAAGACAGAUGUGUGCUUUUUUCACGCUGACAACGUGGCCAGGGGCCAAGUGAAGCUGGACUGGACAUGGUCUGUCGACCGGUGUUUCUUUGUCGCCGGCGGUUUUGCCCCCGACCUUUUCUGGUGGGUUUGGUGGUGGCAAUCUGUCUCUUUUACCAGACCCUAACACUCCGAGGGACUAAGAAGCUUGCAGCGGGGGUUCCUGGGACUGUCCCACACACACCCUCUCAAACUCAAGCUAGCAGAUGCCAGCAAGGAUACCCGUGGGACAAACGGUGCUUCCUUCUCUCGGCAAAUGCCCAGGAAAUCAGGAAGGUUGAAGAGUUGAUUGAGACACACUUUGGCAGUCGCGGCAGAAGGGCUGUCCUCCUCCAGUCUCCUUCACACAGCAGAGCAGAGCUUCAGACCCUCCAGCACCUCCUUGGUCAGCAUGGCUUCAGUGUUGUCACGGUUGAAGAAAGACUUGGUGCUGGCCUGGGCCUGGAGCUGUUGGACCAAGGUGAUUUGAACUCCUGGGAUCUGUUCAUUUGCCUGCCUUCCAGGGAAGCCUAUGGGAAACCCUGCAUAGCCAGGGAGCACAUGUGUCAACUAAGGCUACAUCAAAAGAUAAAUGUAUUACCAGAAAUUCAGCCUCAGCUUUGCAGAAAAGAAGGCUUGUGUCAAAUGGUCAGAAGAUUUCCAGAACUGCGACUUCCAGUGAGUCCCUCUGUGUGCCUGGAUCAGGGGACGCAGUCACAGCUGAGUGCUUCCAGUCACCGCUCAGAAGGAGCCAAGCCACAUGCGUGGAAAUCAUGGGAUUGGCAAGGCAAACAGUUGAAUCAGACUGCAGUCCUUGCUCCACGUGAAGCAAUUCUCCGAGCAGAAGAGCUAUCCGUAAUUCUUAAAGCCUACGUGUUGGUGACCUCCUUAAGGCCUUUGCGUGCGUUCAUUCAUUCAACUGGCACGGUGUGGAGCCCGCCAAGGAAGAAACGCUUCACUGUCAAGCUGCAGAUGUUCUUUGAGACAUUCCUGAGGACAAGUUCACCCCUGCAGGCAUUGGAUAGCAUGAAGGAAGCAAUUAGCAAGCUCCUAUUGGUGGCCGAGGUGUUCAGUGAAACGUCUACCCUGGGACCAAAGACCUUCCAUAGAUGUAGACAGUGCUUUCAGCUUUUAACUUUUGAUAUUGGUUAUGGAGAUUUGGGGUACCCUGUAGUGCUCCAGGUACAUGAGCAUUUGAAAGUUCGGGAUGAUGAGAAUUUCAAUCUGGAGGACCAAAAUACAGAAAAUAUCCUUUUAAAGGAUACUUUCAAUUUCCUCUUCUCCAAUACAUCUUCACUUUCUGAGCGAUUACAGAAGCUCUAUGCGCUUGAGGACAGAAACUAUGGAAAGGAGCUGAAUCAGUGCCUGUCUUUGGAGGAAAUUCACUCAAUUAGGACCUUUGUAAAGGAACUUGGGAGUCUGGGAGAUUUCCAACUGCUCUUCCCAUCCAUCAUUCCGGGAAUUCAGUCUGUGAUGCAUGAAUUUUAUGCUAUGGCAACUCCUAGCUCACUCCUGUCCCGAUACUGGUCUCUUUUAAAUGUAUUUGAACAAUUUUGGCCCACGAAUAAAAAGGAACAGCUACAUCCACUGGAAUGGAAUUCUUCAACAAGAAACGAGACCAUUCAGAAACCACAAGAGUCAAUGGAAGCAAUCAAAAGCAAAGAAGAUGCAGUUCCACGAGUUUUAUAUGAAAAUAAAGAUAUACACUGCAGUGAUGAGAAAGGCGCAGUCUGCAAUAUCAAGAUCUUCACCCACCCCCAUCUGGAGCUAAAUCCCGAGUUCAAUCCGAAGGUCAAAGAUUAUUACUGUGAAGUGCCAUUUGAUGUGCUGACAGUGAGGAUUGGAGCAGAGACCUCUAAGUGUCAGUGCAAGGUGCAUCUGCAGGAGCGGGCAGGGCCAAGCUUUGCCAACUAUCCCCUGGGAUUAGGAAUGAACAGAAUUUCCAUGGUCGUGGUGGAUGAAUCUCCAGCAGAGGGUGACAUGGAAACCACGUAUAAACUCACCAUCUAUAGAGAAGACCGCCCAAGUCUGCCCUUCUUCGAGGACUUCACAGCAUGCGGUUUUGUACAAGAUUGCAGUUUAUUGAUUAAACCAGAAGAAACCUGUGGGUUGCAGCCUAUUUCUUCAGACUACAUUGAAGCCAUUUCACAGCCUAAAAUAGAGAGCUGUCCAUCAGGGGACACUAAAGGUCAGUGGAUUGUGCCUUGCCUCAGUUGCUCAGACAACAGGACCUGUGACUGGAGAGAAAUCACCUGGCAGCCACACAACUGCCAACACGACACCCUAACCAAGCCGGAACUUCAGCAGUGCCUGCGAGGGAGGAAGAUCCUUUUCAUUGGAGAUUCCACCAACAGAGGAAUGAUGUACUAUCUUAUUGAGAGACUGAAUGAGACACUGCAGGAGUGGCAGAAGGUGCAUGGCACUAAACUCUACCCCGGCGUCAAUGGGGGAAAGACUUUGAUCAGUUACUCCUACUACCCCCAGUUUUGGAUAAGCCCUUCAUUGAGACCAACAUUUGAGAAAGCACUUGAACAUCUCUUGCAAAGAUCACAUCCCUUAGAGAAUACUGACCAGACAGUAUUGGUUGUUGGUGGUGUUCAGUGGCUUAAUUCCAAUCACCUGCAAAUUAUUCACAAGGUUUUAAAGAGGGAAAAUUUGCUCAAUAUCCUAGUUAUCAUCAAAACUUUGGGGAUUGGAUUUCACCUGCCAGUAGAUGGAGUGCAUUUCCUAACACAGAGCGAAGUACAAAACUUACAUAAAGAAAAUUUGAGCAUUCUGGAAGCUGCCAAAAACUAUGGCUAUGAAGUAGUAGACACGUUCACUAUCACAAUGGGACGACACAAAGAAUUUCUGCAGGGCAAUUGUGGAUGUCAUUUCCAUGAGGUAGUGAAAUCCAAGUUAUCCAGAGAGCACCAUGUUAUCAAGAUGAAAAUAUCCAAGAACCAUAUUGUGGGGAGAUACUUCAGCAGUCAAAACAAGCUACAACGACAAAAUGCUGCCCCAAAUGUUCAUUCACCAUAUCAUGUCAGAGGCUCAAUAAAUCAGGUUUGCUCUGAAAUCCUGCUCAGCAGGAUGUGUGCAAGUCAGAGGUCUGCGCAGGCUCCCUGAAGGAGACCUAAGCCAUUCACCUGGACAGUGGUCUGAGAACCAAAUGUGCCUCACACAUACUUGGCAAUGAUUGCACACUCCGCAGUUCAAGCAUGCAUACCAAAGCACACAGCUUUCAAAGGAGUAAUGACACAUUUUUCUCAUAACUGAACACAGUCAAAAGUGACCUUGAGCAUCCAUUGUUGGUUUCAGACCAAAGGAAAAAACUCUAAAGGAGAUCACUUGAAAUGUGGUCACAAACUAGGACUACAUGGACCAGGUAUUGUAGUGCAAUACGAUAAACAAAACUUUGUGAAGAAGAAAUUACAUUCCACUUGGAGGGAGGGAUAACAGUUAAGUUCUUUACCAGGAGAAAACGGGGUAUUUAUUGUGGUUUGAGCUUUGUGGAUCUAAUGCUUAUGAAAAACAUUUCUUGUUACACUUUUAAAAGUUUGUAUUGGAAGGAAAAGAACAGGAGUGAUGGUCUACCAGGGAAUCCAAAGAGAUUCUCUGCAAGCAAUAAGCGAUAUUGUAUUCAACUCUGUGUUCCCUUGAGUUCCACACACACACCCAACUGUGAGCUUAAAUAGGGAGCACAGGCUAAAUUAGUUAUAUGCAUAAUUUUAAAGUGUGGAACAAAAUAAAGUUCCCCAUUUGUUACUUUGUUAUGUUUGUUUGUUAUGUUAGGAUGCCAUUCCUAAAGAAGCUUCACUUGCCCCAUAGAUGUGUCUGAUGUACAGUUACAUUUUUGCAAAGGAUUGCAGAUUCUCAAAUGUAUAAGCAUAAAGAAUUCUCUAUCUAUCCACAGAUAAUACUAUGUCACUAGUGCCUGUAUUUUUAUUUGAACAAAUGUGUUUAAUUCACAUUAAAGUAAGCAUACAAGUAUUUGGGGGGGGGAAGUAUGGCAUAAGUAGGAAACAUAGCUAAUUCUAGCAUUGAAAACUUACACUUCUAUCUUUUUAGGUACAAAAUAGUAGUUGCCUUAUUACACAAAUUCCUUGUUAUGGGAUAACAUCUCACUACUAUGGUGGGUUUAAAAGGAUGAUUUGGGAGUGAGGAGAAGAAGCUGAGAAGGCCUAACUCAGUAUGUAGUUAAGAUUACUAAAUGUACAAAUACCUCAAAUUCAUUGCCUUAAAAAGUGAAAGUAUUUUGUUCUAUUGACCCAUCAAUUAUUUAGAAUGAAUAUCCACCUUCAAAUACUCUAUUUUUAUAUAUUUUUAUAAAAAUAUAAACAUGAAUUUUUAUUUAACUGUAUUAAAUUAUGUUUAAGUAUGAAUAUCACUUGAUAUAAACAACAUAUGCAUUUAUAGAUUUUUUGAACAAUGGUACUAAAUUAACUUAAAAAUGAAGGUAUUUUCCAUCAUGCAUCUAUAUACAAGCACUGUUUUUAGAGUUUUAGUUAUUUCUGAUGAUAUGAAACGUUAGUAAUCAAUAAAGCUGCUCCAUCACAUUUUAAGGCAUUGCAUAUUCCACAAUAGUAUCACAUUUAAUGCUAGCUUUUUGUAAUUCACUAUCAGUGUCACUGUAAAAAACCUCUGACUUGAGUUCAUCUGGCAUUUUCCUUUUCACCAUUGAAAUAAUACUAGAUGUUAGAAACAAUUGUAAUGUAUUUUCAAUAAAUGUCUAACUGGUAA